UUCUUGGUCAUCGCAUCCACAUCCAGAUUGCCAGCCAUGCAUCUCUGCACCACCAUCCGAGACAAGAUCGCCCGCCAGCUCGUCGUCGAGCACGAAGUCACUCGACAGGCCCUCCGGACCCUCGUCCGCAACCCGUCACUCGAUCUGGAUCUGCGCAUGAGAGCACAGCUGGCCCUGAACUCGUUCCCGCGCUACACCCGGCCGUCGGUGGUCAGCAAUCGCUGCACCGAGAGUGGAAAGGGUCGUGGUAUCAUCACCGACCACAAGCUCUCGAGAAUCGUGUUCAGAGACCGAGCUCUGGCUGGAGAGCUGCCCGGCGUCAAGAAGUCUGUCUUCUGAUCGUCCUCCGACCCGCCCCCAACAAACGUCUUCUGGGUCCGCAAAUCUGCUGCCGGGAGCAUCUUCGUUCUGCCAGACGGCUCCGCUCUCCCACUUUCCCCUCUCCCACUCUCCCACAUUUCGCACAUUUCACACUCCUGCAUCACCAUCUUGGCCUUGAUGUCAGCGAAUCGAUUCACGUAUGUCACUCGUCACCCAGUUCAUUUGCGCUCUGAACCAAGGAAAGGCAGCGCCGUCGCCCAAUGUUGAGCUCGAGCCACUUGUGGCAUCUCUCCCCACUCUCUCCUCAUUGCUUCAAUGGGCUGUAUGUUAGGCUUACUGGUAACAGUGACGAUAAACUCACGAGUCGAUAUUCAAG